AAAAUAACUGGGCGGUGGAGGGACACAGAGAGUAAUGGAUGAGGAUCUAUGUUAUUAUCUGGACAACUGGAAGAGAUGGAGACAAUCCAGGCCGUUCUCUUAUUCCUCGUGUUCGGAGGCCUCAAGUAUACAAAUGUGGAAUCUGCCGUGUUGAACGUGACUCUGCAGGGUCUCGCCUUUCAGUCCAGCUCAGUCUCAGGACAGGGAGAAGCUCACUUAGCAAUAGAUGGCAACACAAAUACCGAUUUUUUGAAAGGGUCCUGCAGUCAGACGACCAACGAGUACCAGCCAUGGUGGACUGUGGACCUAAGACGUGGCUACUAUAUCUCCAAUGUCACCAUCACUAGCCAACUUGCAACCACAACUCAGGUGCCCUGGGCUGAGAUCCAUGUGGGUGAGAGUCUGGAAAACUAUGGUGUGUAUAACCCAAGCUGCUCGGUCAUCUCCUCUAUGCGUGCAGGAACAACAACGACCUUUCCAUGUGGCGGGAUCUAUGGACGGUAUGUCACUGUGGUCAUACCGAGCCGCACUGAUACCUUAACCCUGUGUGAGGUUCAGGUGGGAACCCUGAAUGUACCAGAUCGGCAGCUCGGACUGAUGAUCACGAGCACAUCAACUCCUGGAACAAAUGUCUUACAAAGCGCAGAAAUAAUGCAGGCGCUCCGGGAGAACAUCAAGACUGACAACCGGGUCCUGGGCAUGGGCAUUGACAACGUCCUGCAGAGAGUGAACCAGACCUGUAUCCCUGUGAGGACAGCGAGUACUGCCGCCUGAUAAUAUCUUCAGCAUCAUCUAUACAUACAUAAAGAGUAUGUAAAAAAAAAAAAAAAAAAAUAGAAACUAAUAGAAAAAUAGAAAAUAAAUAGAAACAAGAAAGAAUGCUAAAGAAAAAUACAUAUAGAUGCAAUAAAACUGUA